AUGUCCUAUCCCGACCCCGACCACAGCCAGAGAGACAGCAACCACUCAAUACCGCUGCGGGACCUCAAUCGCCCCCCCGAUGCCGCCGCCGACGCUGCGCCGCCCCAGCAGCAGCAGCACCGCCGCACCCUCAGCGACCGCGGGCGGAACCUCCUCAGACAGACGGGCGCCAUCGCCUCAGCGCCCUUCCGAGACUCGCAGUACGCCCCCAUAGCAGAGGCCUCGCCCAGCCCGACGCGUCAUGUGCCCCCGCACAUCAACACCAACCUGGCCUCUGCCAGCACCAGCACCAGCGCCGCCAUACGCAGACUCGACCAUCACGACGACGAUGACGCCGCCUCGCCCUUGGACACGGGCGCGUUCCAGGCUGCCAUCGGCUUCGGCAUGAGCAUGAGCUUCCAGGGCACCACGUCGCCGCCAGCCCCCACGGCAGACUCGCACACGCCCUAUGCGCCCUACGACCACGACCACGACCUGUACCCCGUCAGGUCCGCCUCGACCGACCACAGCUACUUCUCCCCCACCUACGACGACACGGCCCGUCUGACUGCCCCCAACCAUCUGCAGCCCAUCAGCGGAGCCGCGCCCUCGACCCCGAUCGAGCAGGACCGAUCGAGUUUCCAGAGCGUGCGCUUUCUCAGUCCGGGCGAUGCCUCACCGGGCACACGCUAUGCCGGCGAUAUUGGGCAGGCAGAGGCCGCCGCCGCCGCCGCCGCCGCCAACCCCAGAGACUCGCGCGGAAGGACCCGCUCGCUGUCGCCGGGUCAAUUCGGACUGCCGCUGCAGCGCGCUGGAACCAUCAUGCGGAACAUGUCACAGCGUGUCAUCAACGUCACAAACGACUCAGAGGUAACCGAACGCACCAUACGCCGAAAGUCGUCGGUGCGCAAUGACCGCCUCCACGAGCCCCCCUCGUUCCCAGCCCUCCCCGAGUAUGCCACAGAUGCCCCCAUGUCCCCGAUUGCGUCCACGCCAGUCGAGAAGCCGCCCUCGCCCGUCGUCUAUUCACGCACGCCGAGCUGGCAGCGCCCUCCGAAUCCGCUGCGCGGAAAGAGUCUGGGCAUCUUCUCUGCCGACAACAAGCUGCGCAUCAAACUGUGCGACUUCUUGGUGCAUCCCGUGACGGAGCCACUUCUGCUCGUCCUCAUCGUCAUCCAGACGGUCCUCUUGGCCGUCGAUGCCCGCACAAAGGCCCCGUACAACCCGGGCUCGGUAGACAGGUUUUCGUCCUUCAGCAAUAUCGACUACCUUUUGCUCGGCCUCUUUAUCGUCUACACCAUCGAGACCGUUAUCCGCGUCAUAGUCUCUGGCUUCAUCAUCAACCCCGUCGAGUACAGUACCAUCAAUCGGCAGAUUGGACUGCGCGAGGCCGUCUUGGCCAAAGCAGACCAGAUGUUUGGCGGUCUACAGCGACAGCCAUCCAUCAAAAAGAGCGCCGGUGCCGCCGAUAAUCCUCACCAGCCCUCUGUCCUCCGAUCCUUUACCACGGCACAAAUGCUCCCAGACGAGGGUCCAACCGACAUGCGCCAAAAACAACGCAUCCGUCUAGCACACCGCGCCUAUCUUCGACACUCGUUUAACCGCUCUGACUUUGUUGCCGUGGUUUCGUACUGGAUAGCCUUUGUGCUCGGCUUUUGGGGCAUCAACAACAGCCGUGUGAUUCUUGUAUUCAGAAUGUUGAGUUGUCUGCGUAUCAUCCGUCUUCUGAAUCUCACCAGCGGUACCUCUGUAAUCCUCCGGAGUUUGAAGAAAGCUGCGCCUUUGCUGGUCAAUGUCGCAUUCUUGAUUUGCUUCUUCUGGCUCCUCUUCUCAAUCGUCGGCGUCCAGAGCUUCAAGUCAAGUCUCCGGAGAACAUGCGUGUGGCAAGACCCAGACAAUGUGCAAAACUUUACAAACUCGGCGCAAUUCUGCGGCGGACACUUGCUCAACAUUGACGGUUACCAUCCAGCAGGCUACAUACCUGCGCCCGGAAGGCCCCUGGGGCCAGAGCGCGGCAAAGGCUUCCUUUGUCCAAAGGGCUCACUCUGCAUCGAGGGCACGAAUCCCUUCGACGAUACAAAGAGCUUCGACAACAUUCUCCAGUCGCUCGAGCUCGUCUUCGUCAUCAUGUCGUCCAACACGUGGUCCGACUUGCUCUACACAGUCGCCAACACCGACUACCUCAUCAGCUCCGUUUUCUUCAUCAUCGGAAUCCUCGUCUUGAGUUUGUGGCUCAUCUCCUUGCUGAUUGCCGUCAUUACCUCGUCUUUCCAAAUCAUCCGCGAAGAAAGCAAAACCAGUGCCUUCACUGGCGAGGUGAUCAAAGACGAGGACGACGAUGCGAACCGAGAAAAGCAACGCGUCAGCACCCUCAAACGUUUCUACGACAAGACGAGAUGGCUGUGGGUGGUCAUCAUCGCAUUUGGACUCGUGGCCCAGAUGAUGAAGAGCGCCAACAUGAGCGAUUUCCGCAAGCGUUUUAUCGACCGAGCAGAGAUGGCCGUCACUUUUGUCUUGUUUGUGGAAAUACUCAUUCGCCUCGUUGUUGAUUGGAGACAUUUCUUCAGGAGUAAGCGCAACAUUGCAGAUUUUUUAAUCGCCAUCAUCACAGUCAUCAUUCAAUUGCCGGCCAUCAAGAAUGCGCGCGACGGAAAAGUGUAUGCUUGGUUAACCUUUUUUCAAAUCAUCCGUGUCUAUCGCGUCGUCUUAGCCGUACCAAUGACGCGAGAUCUUAUUAUGGUAGUCACUGGAAACACUGGUGGUCUGCUGAACCUGAUUCUCUUUGUGUUCCUUCUCACGUUCCUGGCGUCCAUCUUUGCUUCGCAGCUGUUCCGUGGCGAACUACCCGACGAGGAUGAUGGGGAAGAGAUUCGAGUACCCUUUUUUGACAUUUACAAUUCCUUCUUGGGCAUGUACCAGAUCUUCUCCAGUGAAAACUGGACCGAAAUCCUGUACAACGUCACCAAUUUCCAGAAACCCUUUGGCAUAGCCUGGAUAGGCGCUUCGUUUUGCAUUCUGUGGUUCAUUUUUGCUAAUUUCAUUGUCCUAAACAUGUUUAUUGCUGUCAUUCAGGAAAACUUUGAUGUGUCCGAAGACGAAAAGCGCUUGCAGCAAGUCAAGGCAUUCCUUCAGCAGAAGGAGGACGGACUGACUUCAUCUACCGGCAACUUGUCUCUUUCGUCCAUUUUCAAGAUUGGCCAGGCGCGUCGGCGUGAUCCUCUAGACUAUGGCCAUGCCGCUACGGAAAUGCUUCUCAAGGAUGCAGUAGUUCGCGACUUUCUCGACGAAGGCAAUCACGAGAGUCCGCAUGAAGACGAGCCCCGGCCAGGACUCCGUCCCACCAAGACUAUAGCAGGAUCGGGGACCAUGUCUACCCUGCGGCAACGAAUCCUGCGACGUAUCGUCCAUCGCGAACCAAAUCCAUUUUACGCUCCGUUGGACUUUGGACGUGCGUACGAGGAUCUUGACCCAAGAAGCAUGGCACAAGAAGUGGUCUCAGCCACGGAAAGACGAAAGAAGGCUCAACGCGAGUACCUGCGCAACCACCCAAAGUACAAUGUGUCUCUGUUCAUAUUCCCGGUCCACAAUCCGAUUCGCAAAGUAUGCCAGCGUAUCGUGGGCCCCGGUCGAGGCGGUGAUCGCAUCGAAGGAGUCGCGCCAUCGGUCCCCAUCUGGUAUGCGUUUUCGGCAUUCAUCUACGCAGCAAUCAUUGCCAUGGUCUUGUUGGCAUGUGUUACGACUCCGCUUUAUCAACGAGAGUACUUUAUGCGUCACGAGUUUAGUGUCAAGAAUUGGUUUGUGUGGGUAGACCUGGGUUUCGCAGUUCUCUUCACCGUCGAGGCAUUGAUCAAGGUCAUUGCCGACGGCUUUUUCUGGACUCCCAACGCCUACUUCCGCGGCUCUUGGGGAUUCAUCGACGGUGUGGUGCUCACCACUCUAUGGGUUAAUGUUGGCACAUCCUUUUUGAACGAAGGCCAGGUCACUCGGACUGUUGGCGCUUUCAAAGCCUUAAGGGCUCUUCGUUUGCUCAACAUUAGUGACAGCGCGCGCAACCACUUCCACGCGCUCAUCGUUCGUGGAUGGUGGAAAAUCUUCUCGGCUGCUUUCGUCUCGCUGAGCUUGUUGAUCCCCUUUGCCAUCUACGGACUGAAUCUCUUUGUCGGCCAGAUGCAGUCUUGCAAUGACGGCUCCUUCUCCGCAGGCGCCAGUCUACAGAAUUGCCUUGGAGAAUACGACAGCUCGCCCUACGAGUGGAAUGUCCUGGCUCCCCGCGUAGCUGCCAAUCCUUAUUACGACUUUGACAACUUCGGAGACGCCCUCUUCAUCCUGUUCCAGAUUGUAUCCCAAGAAGGUUGGACGGAUAAUAUGUGGACUGCAAUGAGCAUCACUGGCGUGUACACGCAGCCAGAACCGCGAGCGUCACAAGGCAACUCGGUCUACUUCAUCAUCUUCAACUUGCUCGGCGCAGUCUUUGUGUUGACGCUGUUUGUGUCCGUCUUCAUGCGCAACUACACGGAACAAACUGGAGUUGCCUUUCUCACGACAGACCAGCGAUCGUGGCUCGAACUGCGGAAGCUCCUCCGUCAAAUUUCACCCUCCAAACGACCCUCGUCCACCAAGCAGCGAGAAAGCUGGGAAGAAUGGUGCUACCGCAGAGCUGUCACCAAGAAUGGAUACUGGCAAAGGUUCAUCACCAGUGCUUUGAUAUUCCAUCUCCUGUUGCUCUGCUUGGAGUGGUACCCGGGCUACGGUCCUUGGGAGACGGCCAGAGACUACAUUUUCCUCGCUCUUACCGUCCUGUUUAUCGCAAACGUAGUCAUCCGUAUCCUCGGUCUCUCUUGGCACCGCUUCCGGAGGAGUGCUUGGGACGUCUUCUCCAUCUUUGCGGUGACGGGAACUUUUGUGACGUCUAUUCUUGUGCUAGCAAGGAAUGAUGUUAGGGUCUUCAUCCAGCUGCACAAGCUCUUCCUCGUCUCGAUUGCACUUCUGCUCAUUCCCCGAAACAACCAGCUCGACCAACUGUUCAAGACGGCGGCAGCGAGUCUGGGCUCCAUUGCCAACCUUCUCGCCACGUGGUUUGUGCUGUUCCUGGUCUAUGCUAUUGCGCUCACGCAGACGUUUGGGCUUACUCGAUUUGGGGAGAAUGAAACUGGGAACAUCAAUUUCCGGACGGUGCCCAAAGCGCUCAUUUUUCUCUUCGUCACGAGCGGAGGUGAAGGCUGGAACCAGUUCAUGGAAGACUUUGCGACGAUUGACCGGCCUUACUGCACCGUGGGCGACAAGUACUUCAACAGCGACUGCGGCAGCCCCGAAUGGGCUCGGGCGCUCUUCAUUACUUGGAACAUUCUGAGCAUGUACAUUUUUGUCAACUUGUUCGUCUCGCUCAUCUACGAGAGCUUUUCCUACGUCUACCAGCGCAGCAGCGGGCUGUCCGUCAUUAGCCGCGAAGAAAUCCGGCGCUUCAAACAGGCGUGGGCGGAGUUCGACCCCAACGGGACGGGCUACAUCUCAAAGGAUGUGUUUCCAAGGCUUCUCGGAGAACUCUCUGGAAUUUUUGAGAUGCGCAUAUACGACGGAGACUUUACGAUUGGCGCGCUUAUUGAAGAGUGCAGUGUAGCGAAUCGACGCGAGUCCAACCUGCCAGUGUCAGGCCAUGAGCCGACCAAAGAGAUUGACAUUGACAAGCUGAACCGUCGGCUGGCCCAGCUACCUGUUGCAGAAAUCCGGCGCAGACGACAACGCAUGAACAUCUUUUAUGAGGAGGUGUUGGUGUCAAGCGACCCGGACCGAGGCAUCCAGUUCUCUUCGUUGCUGAUGAUCCUGGCUCACUACAAGGUCAUCAACGAGAACAAGAGCUUGCGACUGGAAGAGUUCUUGAGGCGUAGAGCUCGCCUCCAACGAGUGGAAGAAGCCGUUCGUCGCAACGUCGUCAUGGGCUUCUUUGACACGUUGUACUGGGCGCGGCGGUUCCGCCGAGCCAUGGAGCAGAAGAAACAGGGCCGCAUGGCGACGGUUCCGCAGUUUACCGUUCCCGAAAUCUUCAUUGACGACGAAGACAUUACGAAUGCGCAACGUGGGCAGGGCUCUGGCGUCGACAGUCCUCCUUUCUCGCCUCAAGACCUGCAUGCUCCGUCGCCGAGGAACUCUGCUGGCAAUGCGCCAGCACUCCCGGCGUUCCCAUUCGAUGAAACACGCAGCAGAAGCAAUUCGAUCCAGCAAUCACCAACCGGGUCGCCUACAAGAGCAAACGCACAGCCACAGUCGCCCUUGUCACCAUCGACUGCCGAACCCGAUUGGCAAUUUGCGUCUGCACUCAGCCGACCACCUAGUCCGCUCGAGGCCGAGCCUGGCCAAGCGGACAACCGCAGCCGGGCUAAUAGCGGAGUGAGCGCAGCAACGGUUUUGGAGGUGCUUGACAAUUCCGCAUGGGGAGAAAGUAUCAGGAGAAGUUUCACACAACGCAGGCGCAGCUAAUAUUGAGUGGGACACACACGAUGAUGACGCCUGCUGUGACCGGGAUAUAUCUCCCCCCCUGGGCACACACGAACGUAAUGCGGGUACUUUGGUUAGCUUUUGUCAACCCGCACGUAUCGACAUACAG